CUGCUGCAUUAGUUAGAAAAUUGUUUGUUUAAAUAAUUAUUCGAAUGAUUUUUUACAAUAUGUGUGAUAUACUUACGAAUAAAAUCGUAUUUGAAUACAUUCCCAACGUCAUUACUAGAAUACUUUUUUAUCUGAAUAUUAAUCACUGUACUUGGAAAUAAUUCGAAUACGCUUGCAUUUGAAUAAUAAAUGCGCCUUACCCGGCUGCAGAUAGUGCGGGCGAUCGACUUGUCGCGCACGACCACGGCGGCCAGCUUCCUGCAAUCGAUCGUGGUCGACCACAGCAUGACCGCGGGCCAGUUCGUGUACGUGUCGGACGCCGGCCUGGGCAACGUGAUCGUUUACAACGUGGCCUGCGACAGUUCUUUCAAGGUGCACGUGCCGGUCGGACCGUGUGGCCAGCAGGACGUCAUGUACAUGGCACCAGUCCAGGCCGACGUGUUGGACAUGGCCGCGGGCCGUGGAACAGCCCGCUACCGACGCCUCUACGUCACAUACCUGUCGUCGUGCGACAUGAUAUACAUCCCGGUGCACGUCGUCGACGAGACAACGGUCGGUCUGCCGACCGUCAACAUAGGUCAGAAGCCGUGCAAGAUGAUCGUGCUCGGCACCGACCGCGGAUCCGUCAUCUACUUCCGGACCGGCAGCGACACCGGCGAAAUUCUCAGCUGGGACGUCAACAAGCUGUUCCGACACGAAAACUUUAGGUCCGUGCAGCGCGGUCGAAGAUCCAGGAUACCGUUGAUGGUGACCGCGGGUUUCCAGGGUUACCAGUGGUCAAUGGAGAGCAAUUACAUCGACUUCCUGAUCGGCGACAUCGGGUGUCUGGGCGUCAGCACGAGAAUCGAACCGCUGCAGAUCCGCGACGAAUACCCCGACGACCCGUGUUCGAAUACGGUACCGAUGCGAUGCGGUCAGGGCCCUACGACGACGACGGCGGCGGAGAAAGUCGGACCGAACAGGAAAAAAAUAAAAGAAAGUAGUGGGACUAUUGGCGUCAACAAGAGACCCACCUCGACAAUAGCUGUCGGGCAGGCACCGUAGACACUUGGAUGCAGACGCCGCUGCGCCGCCUGGAUCGCCGAUCAUGGCAUUUAGUUGGAUAUUUCACUGGAAAACAUUUUUUUUGACCAGAAACGCACAUAAUAAUACUAUAAUUUUAUAGAGUGCAUGGUAUCCAAGUACUAUGGUUCUUCGUACACCGAGAAUUUUUUCGCGUACUCAAUUUUAUCAUAUAAAUAUUAUAACGGUGUCGUGAUUCGUUGAUUGUUCUCGUAUUAGUUGUGUACCUACAACAUUUAUUGUGUUUACGCACUACGUAUUAAUUAUUGUUUGUUUUUUGUUGUUCAUUAUUAUUAUCAU